GCGUGAUUUUUGUUUUGUUGCAAAUGCAAAUAAAAUUACAAGCUUGGAAUUGGAAGCUUGAUUUUGGCUUACUCUUUAAAGCAAUAGAGUAGGAUUAGAUUUUACUGCAACUUUAUAAGAGUUUAAUUUAAUCAAAAUGGUGAAGCUAACUAAUGAAUUAAUACAGAAUUCAAUGCAGUAUAUCAACCCGUGUCGAGACCGAGAGCUGGAUCUUAGAGGUUACAAAAUACCACAAAUAGAAAAUCUAGGUGCAACUUUGGAUCAAUUUGACACAAUAGAUUUAUCUGAUAAUGACAUCAGAAAGGUAGAUGGAUUCCCAUUAUUAAAAAGGCUGAAGACUCUGUUCUUUAACAAUAAUAGGAUUGUGCGCAUAAGUGAGGACCUGGAGCAGUACAUACCUAAUAUAGAGGUUCUAAUUUUUACCAACAACAAUAUAACAGAACUUGGUGACCUGGACCCACUGGCCACACUUCCUAAACUAAGGACUCUUUCUUUGAUGCACAACCCGGUGGCCAAUAAACAACACUAUAGAGCAUAUGUGGCAUUUAAACUACCAGAGCUAAGAUUGUUGGAUUUUAGAAAAAUCAAACAGAAAGAGAGAGAUGAGGCCAAUGCACUAUUCAAAAGCAAAAAAGGGAAGGAAAUUCAAAAGGAAAUUUCAAGGAAAGCAAAAACUUUUGUGCCUGGAGGAAAUAUGCCUGAUCCCAAAGUUACAAAUCUUACACCUCAAGAGAUCCACAAAAUCAGAGAGGCCAUUAAGAAUGCUUCUUCUCUACAAGAGGUAGAACGUCUGACGAGAAUGUUGCAGUCUGGCCAAAUACCUGGACAGAAACCUUUGCAACCACAGUCACAGACAAAUGGACAACAAGCUGAGUAUGAGGAGAUGGAAACCGAUGAAACAAACGGUCAAUAGAUCCAAGAAAGGUUUGCAUGUCUUUAGCUGUAAGAACAGAAAACUACACUGGCCAGCGAUGUGAAUAUUUUACAUGCUGUUUUGUAUUACAAAGAUAAUUAAAUAUAA